AUGCCCAGGUACAUCAACACCCGACAGAAAUCCUGUUACCAUUGUUCAACAGCCAAAGCGAAAUGUGAUCACAAGGAAACCUGCGGGCGUUGCGCCUUGCGGGGUUUGACAUGCACCUAUCCUUCUAGGUCUCGUGAAACUAUCGAACCUUCAGAAACAAUCUCUACGAGCGAGCCCCAGCGAGAACCUGAGCGCCAUGGCCCCAACUUUACAGCCGAUCUCGUGUGUCCUAUCAACAGUGACGACAUCAAGAAUCGAUGGCUCAAUUCAUACGUCCCUCUACCAGGUCAAACGGUCAAAGCCUACUCUCCGAACGUCAUGAACUUUGUGUAUCGAAUGCUAAAGUCGUAUACAUCAAUGGUUAUCCGGGGUCGAACACCUCCAUUUAUCCAUCCUGCACAACUCUCGGCACCUCUUUCGACUUGCUUUACUUUGGUUCGGAUAUGCAAAGAUCCUUUACCUGGGAGCGAGAGUGUUGCUACGGAUAUUCUACAGAGAGAAAUGACAAAUCUAUACGACCAACGUGGGACCUACGAUGGUGUUGAACUCCUUGGUGCAUUCCAGGCAUAUCUUAUCUACUCCAUGGUUCUGUUCUUCCACCUAAGCCCUGUCUCGAUGUUUCUUCGUCAAGCUAUUAUCAACCUUCAAGAUAUUGCUUGUCUGACUUCUCAACAAGGGCUUGUAUGUGUAGCAGAACAACAAGGUAUUCGUCCACGAUGGGAAGCAUGGAUUGUGGCCGAAGCGAAACGACGAACCCUUUACACAAUGUACUUUUUGGAUAAUGUGUUAACCACCCAAGACGGUCUCCCGACAUACCUUGGUCACGAAUUAAAGGGAUUGUACGCACCUUCAAGCAAGAUUUUGUGGCAAGCAGAUCAAACCGAGUGGGAACGGGCAUACAACUCGCAUUUGGCUGAAUGGACAGAGGGGACCUUUCAACUGGAUCAACUAUGGCCACCUUCUGACGCGAGCGACAGAGAAAUACAACAGAGACAAAUACAGACAGAUCGAUGGUUAGAGGGUGUUGACGAGUUUGGCACGAUGCUGUACGCCGUCACAAGCUGUCCCGACUCGAAUCGAAAAGCUCCUGCUGGGGUUACGCCCGAUUACAAUAACCCGGAGGAUGUGUACUGGACGCUGAAUAUCGUCAUUACAGUUCUCUGUUGUGUGUUCUUUGCUAACUCUACAGAUUACGGUUAUCUUGUAUUGCUUUACUGUACUUAUGAGUAUGUCCUCUGCAGAUGUUUUGGCGUUGCUAACAAUAUAGUGGCCCGGUAUGGAGGAGGUUAUCAUGCGUGGGAGAUUCGUCAACCAGAAUAUUACAACUGGCUAAAGUGGUUCUACGCAAGCACCGUCGUUUACAUUCCCGCCGCGUUCUUCACCAAAGCGACCAUCCUCUUCCUCAUGGCACGAGUUUUUGCUGUCGAACCGAGAGUCGCAAAAGGAAUUCGAAUAUUUAUAUGGGCUCUUCUAGUCGCAUACAUUCCGAUCCAAAUAUUACGAAUUGUCAACUGUUACCCAAUUCGAACAUACUGGGAUCCGACAGUUAGAAACGCGCACUGCCUCAACCAACGAAAGAUCUUCUUUUCCGAUUUGGCAUUGUCGAUUGUCACCGAUUUGAUCAUCCUUCUCGUUCCAAUACCGUUGACAUGGCGUCUCACUUUGUCUGUUGGGAAAAGGAUAAAAAUUGUGUUGCUUUUGGGAGCUGGAGGAAUCGCUACAGCUUUGACACUAUUCCGAAUAGCCAAAGCGGUUGACUUUUUGAAUUCGGACGACAUCACGGUCGACUAUACGCCGAUCAGCAUUCUAACUGCUCUCGAAAUCACUAUCGGCUUCGUUUGCGCCUGUCUCCCAUCGUUGAACCUCUUGAUUGAGCACCAUGUCCGCAGACGACGACGCGAACGAAACCAAACCUGGCCACGAGAUCGAACACAAGCUUCUAUGCUUAAACGACACUUCCGAUGGAUCAGCUCAUCUACAGAUCCAUCACAGCCUCCCCGUCCUCAUCCAGUGAAUCGACCCUUAGACGGAAUGAUUGAUUUGGAUGUUGAAAUGGCCAUGUUGACUGGUCAGCCUGGGAUGGACGACGAGAGGGGUGGUUAUCACAAGACCAAGAUGAUCAAGACGAACUGCAGGACAGCAAGUUUAUUAUGA